AUGGAAGAUGUGAACCAACGGUUCAAUAUUAGCAUCUCCUACUACCAAGCAUGGCGAGCAAAGAUGUAUGCCUUGCAACUGUUGAGGGGAACCCCAGAAUCGUCGUUUAACCUACUCCCGGUUUAUUGUCACAAUCUGAAGCUAGCAAAUCCGGGGACUGUGAUAAAGAUCGCUCUUGAUCCACUUGGACGAUUCGACAUGUUGUUUGUCGCACUCGAUUGUUCGAUUCGAUCGUUUCUAGGACACAUGAGACCACUUCUUAUAAUGGACGGUGCCCAUCUGAAGGGGCCGUAUGUUGGCACCAUGUUCUUAGCGGUCGACAUGGAUGGAAACAAUGGUAUCGUACCUAUUGCAAUGGGAGUGGGGAAGACAGAAAGUUGCCCGUCAUGGACAUGGUUUUUACGUAAGCUUAGGCAGUGUAUUGGUGAUGUGCCCAAUUUAACAUUCGUCACCGAUAGGGCUGCCUCUAUCGACCUGGCCAUACGAACUAUAUUUCCUUUUGCGCACCAUGGACUUUGUUGUAGGCAUCUGAGCCAGAACCUCCGCCUAAACUCCACUAAAGAGAAAAGGAAACAGUGGAUGUUCUGGGAGGCAUGCAAAGCUUACCGGUUGUCAGACUUUGAAGCUACUAUGGAUUUGAUGCGGUACAGUCUACCUAGAGCCGCUUAA